AUGAGUUUUAAUUGGGUCACAGUGGGUAGUGUGAGUAAUGGGCUUGAUUGUUGGCUAUUUAGUCCGUUCUUGUGCGAUUUAUGGAACAGUUUGGAUGUUUACUUCUCAACAGCGAGCAUAUUGCACCUGUGCUGCAUAUCAGUAGAUAGAUACUAUGCCAUUGUAAAGCCGCUCAAGUAUCCGAUUAGCAUGACAAAGCGCGUCGUUGGUAUCAUGAUACUAAACACAUGGAUAUCACCAGCACUGCUGUCCUUUCUGCCCAUAUUUAUUGGUUGGUAUACGACCGAGGAUCACAAGCGAUUCGUCGAGGCGCAUAAAGACCGCUGCGAGUUCAUUGUGAAUAAGCCAUACUGCAUCGUUUCCAGUUCGAUUUCGUUCUGGAUACCUUGCACCAUUAUGAUAUUCACGUACUUGGCCAUAUUCCAUGAAGCGAAUCGACAAGAGAAACAACUGAUGAUGCGUCAAGGCAACGCUAUGCUGAUGCAUAGGCAAUCAGUGGGUGUGAGCGCAGGCGGCGAAGCGUUAAGCGGUUCCGGUUCAUCAAAAACUUUAACUUUGCAUGAAGUCGAGCAGGAUCAUACGCCCACUAAGGAUAAACAUUUAAUCAAAAUGAAACGAGAACACAAGGCUGCAAGAACUUUAGGUAUAAUAAUGGGCACUUUUAUAGUUUGUUGGCUGCCAUUCUUUCUGUGGUACACAAUUACAACUUUAUGUGAUGAAUGCAGAGUUCCAGAUAUUGUUGUUGCAAUAUUAUUUUGGAUUGGGUAUUUUAAUUCAACA